AUGGAACAAUCUGGUCACACUUCCUCUACAGCCAUCCUAGACGAGCUCAUCGCUUAUAACACCCGCAGACGCUCUUUAGAAGGCUGUUUAAAGCUCUUACACUCUUUUUCCAAUACCUCUCAGCCUUCUAUCCAAUCCAUUACAAACGUCGUCUCUCUAGCUUCCCAAUUAGCCUCCCCAAGGCUAGCCUUCGAAAUCGCGAUCGAAUUCGAAUCUUCCUCACCAAGAUCUUUAACUGUGGAUACUUGGCUCACCAUUUUGAGAUCCGCUGCUCACCACCACUACAUGCCUGCAAUUGAACACGCUUGGUCAAUUGUUGUUGCUGAGAAUGGUACUGCCGUCGACGAAGGCACUUGUAUCCUUGUGUUAAACGCCUGCGCUAGAACUUCAAACCCUCAACUAUCCACCUUAGUAAUUGCAUCUCUCAGGAACCAAUUCAUUCCCCUCCAAGAGCACCAUUUAGCACCCGUAAUAGAAGCCCAUGCAAAAGCUGACAACAUCAAAGAACCUUUCAUCUUGCUAGGUGUUAUGAGACAGAACAAAAUCGCUCCGCAGCUAGAAACCGCUCAACCUAUCCUCGAUGUCAUUUCAAAAUCUGUAGAUAGCGUCGACGAUGCAUACUACAUGCUCCAAGACCUUCAGAAGGAGGGUGAAGCGAUUGACAUAUCUGCACUCAACGUGAUAAUAUCAGCAUCUAUCAAAUUGGGUGAUAUACAUCGUGCGCUGUCCACGUUCCAGGAAGUUGACACAUUCAAUCUCAAACCAUCAACUGAAACUUACAACAUACUGCUAUCAGGCUGCAUAGACACAUCCAAUAGAAGUCUCGGUGACAAGCUGCUCACAUUGAUGAAAAAACAAGGUAUUCAACCCGAUAAGAGGACAUUCGAGAGGCUGAUUGUCUUGUGUUUGACGCAGAGUACAUACGAAGACGCCUUCUACUAUCUCGAGGAGAUGAAAUCAGCGGGAUACAUUCCACCACAGUCUGUUUAUGAGACGCUUAUUCGUCGCUGCAAGAGUCUCGGUGACUCACGCUACAAAGUUGCUCUGGAGGAGUUGCGCGAGUGCCAGUACAAGCCUAGUAGAUCCUUGAUGACGUUUAGAUGGAUUAUUUACCCAUUCAAACUGCUCACCGUCGGAUUCCACGAGUUCAGCCACGCCAUUGCUGGUAAACUUACGGGAGCUAAGAUUGAGAAAGGCGGUGAAACACGUAUGAGAGGCGGUUGGUCAUUCAUUUCACUCCCGGCUGGCUAUCUGGGUAGUAGCUUGAUCGGCGCCAUUUUAAUUGCCGUCGGGUUUGACUCGUUUGCUUCAAAGAUCGCCUGUUUUGUUAUAGCGGCGUGUUUCUUAGUCUGUAUUUAUUGGGCUCGCAGAGACUGGUUGUGCUAUGUCCUACUUAUUGUCUUUGCGGCACUCCUUAUCGCCUUUUGGUUCAUUGAGCACGCAAUAUAUCUCCGCUACUUCAUCUUGUUUGUUGGUGUGAUGAGCUGUCUAUAUUCCAUUUGGGAUAUCAUAGACGAUACCCUGAUAAGAAAGGUGCCCAGCUCGGAUGCCGUUCAGAUGUCCUAUGCCUUUCACUGUAUACCUUCCAGAGGUUGGGGUGUACUCUGGCUUCUGCAGAGUGUAGGAUUCUUCGCUUGUGGUGUUAUAGUCGGCAUCGUAGCCUUUAAAUAUCAAGAUCAGAGAGCUCGCGCGGAUAUCAUUUUAGCGACCUAG